AUGGACCCCCAAAUGAAUAGCCUUCUCAAAUGGAGUAUCCAGAACUCCUCUGAAACCCAGCAGUCCACCGGCGGCGAGGGCACCACGUCCUCGCCCGCCGCCGCUGCCUCCCAUGGCCUCAAGCCGGAGAUGCUCUCUGCGCUCUUCGGCGGGCCCUCGGAUGCGGACCUUAUGAAGGCCUCUAUGGCGGCCCUCCACUCGGACGAAGUCGACUUGGAAAACAAGCUGGUCGCCUUCGACAACUUCGAGCAACUCAUCGAGACCAUCGACAACGCAAACAAUAUGGAACCUCUCGGUCUGUGGACCCCCCUUGUGCAACUGCUGCAGCACGAGGAAGCCGAGAUGAGACGCAUGGCCGCCUGGUGUGUAGGGACGGCGGUACAGAACAACGAAAAGGCGCAAGAUAAGCUCGUUGUUUUGGGAGCCCUUCCUACCCUCGUCUCCAUCUCGACGACUGACGCCGUCUCCGCCGUUCGCAAGAAGGCCGCCUAUGCCAUCUCCUCCGCGGUGCGCAACUACCAGCCGGCCAUGGACGAAGUGUCCAAAUACCUACCAGAGGGGUUCUUAUCCGACAAGAAGAUCGAUGCCGGCGACAUGGACGCCGUCGAUUCGAUCAUUGAAAAGCUGAGGGCGCACCAGCCUGCCUCGGCUUGA